AUGGAAGAUUUGAAAUCCCUUUAUCGAACUGCUGGUCAGCAGGGCAAGGGGAUUACAUUCUUAUUCACAGAUAAUGAGAUUAAAGAUGAAUCAUUCCUUGAGUUCCUCAAUAAUAUUCUUAGCUCGGGAGAGAUAGCAAAUCUCUUCGCCCGAGACGAAAUGGAUGAAAUAUUGGGUGAAUUGGUCAACCCUAUGAAACGUGAAUUUCCUCGACGUCCGAUCACUAAUGAAAGCUUACAAGAAUAUUAUAUGAGCCGUGUAGUCAAAUAUCUGCACGUCUGCCUUUGCUUCUCUCCAGUCGGACAAAAGUUCAGGAAUCGAAGUCUGAAGUUCCCGUGCCUAAUUUCUGGAUGUACAAUGGAUUGGUUUCAGCGGUGGCCAAAGGAUGGACUGAUUGCUGUGUCAAAUUACUUUCUCUCCAGCUUCGACAUGGCCUGCACACCACAAACAAAAAUUUCAGUAGUAAAUACAAUGGGUGUAUUCCAGGAUCUUGUGGCUGAGUCCUGCUUGGACUACUUCCAGCGUUUCCGGAGGCAGACUCACGUGACGCCCAAGUCCUAUUUGGCUUUCAUUGCCGGCUACAAGGAAAUAUACGCAUCAAAGCGCCGUGAAAUAGGCCUGCUAGCAGAGCGCAUGAAUACUGGCUUAAAAAAGUUGGUAGAGGCCACAGAAUCCGUGAAUGAACUGAGUCUCGACUUGGCCGAGAAGGAGAAAGAGUUGGCUGUUGCCAACAGAAAAGCAGAAGAAGUGUUAGCCCAAGUGACAGUGCAAGCAGCCGCUGCACAACAUGUCAAAGAGCAAGUGCAAGUGGUGAAGGAUAAAGCCCAAGUCCUAGUUGAUGCCAUCACUGCAGAUAAAAUAGUUGCUGAGGGCAAAUUAGAGGCGGCUAGACCAGCUCUAGAAGAAGCCCAAGAAGCAUUGAAUACCAUCAAAGCACAGCAUAUAUCGACAGUGCGCAAACUCGGCCGUCCACCUCAUUUGAUCAUGCGCAUCAUGGACUGUGUUUUGCUGCUCUUUCAAAAGCGCAUUGAUAUGGUCACCAUGGACCCGGAAAAGCCUUGUCCAAAGCCCAGCUGGGCGGAGGCACUGAAGUUGAUGGGUGCUGGCAACUUUCUGAAUGGUCUCCUCAAUUUCCCUAAGGGAAGAGUUGUUUUAUCUUAA